UUUGUUGACAUUUGUUUGUGAAAGGCAAAAAAAACAGUAAGCACGCGUACGGGAUCGCUAAUAUUUCCUGGGAACCAAGUAACAGAUAAGUUGAAGUACUAGCAAUAGUUACAAAAACUAGCUGGAUGGAUUAAAAGAAAUCGUUUAAAGACUUCUCCUUUGACCGAGUCUGAGAGCAGAUCAGGAUCAGCAUCGCCACAGAGCAGGUCGGGAACAAAACAAACCGUGUCACCCUGACUACUCAGGGGCUGAUCGUCUACAAGCUAAACCCGGUGGCUCCCAUACUCUCGGUUUCAUCUGUUAGCUUUUCUAAACGCUGCUAACCUUCAAUACUAAAACAACAAAGCCAAAUCACGUUAAAUCAUUACGUCACAACGUCAAAUCAUUGUAAUUUUGGGUUAUACAAGCAGUAUCGGUCAGACUAGCUAGUUAGCUAUCUAAUGUUAGCCUUUCUUACCCUUAUUUGAGCUGCUUGGGAUGCUUAUUAGCUACAUAAUGUAGCCGUGAUUUGCGCUCCCAGUUCGUUUGGUGUAGUGUUUACUAAAAACAGUUGGGUGACUGAAGAAUGAAGCACAAUGGCUAACUUUGAAGCCUAUCAGGAGUAUCAGAGGAUUGAGGAUUAUGAGGAAGACUCUCCACCAGGGGAAGAGGACUUACUGGUGCAUGUGCCUGAAAGUUUGAAAGAUUCAUGGCACCAUAUCAAGAACUUGGAUAACUUCUUUACAAGAAUCUACCACUUCCAUCAAAAGAAUGGCUUUGCCUGUAUGAUGUUGUCAGAAUGUUUUGAACUCAUUCAGUUUCUCUUCGUUGUCACAUUCACUACAUUCCUGGUCAACUGUGUGGAGUAUGACAUCCUUUUUGCCAAUCGAGCAGUGAACCACACCGGGCAAGGCCAGAACCCUUUUGAGAGAAACAAAGUGACUCUUCCAGAUGCCAUCUUACCGAGCCAGCAGUGCACACAGAGGAUACAAGAGAACAGUUGGAUCAUUUUUCUUCUUAUCAUGGCCGCCACCUUCUGGAUCUAUCGUCUUGUUAAAGUCUUUUGCAACGUUAUGAGCUACUGGGAGAUCAGACAGUUCUACAUCAAAGCACUGAAGAUUAAGAUGGAUGAACUAUGCAACUUUACAUGGCAGGAAGUCCAGGAUCGGCUCAUCAAUUUGCAGAGGGAACAGCAGAUGUGCAUUCACAAGAAAGAGCUGACAGAGCUUGACAUCUAUCACCGCAUCCUGCGUUUUAAGAACUACAUGGUGGCAAUGAUAAACAAAUCGUUGCUGCCAGUGCAUCUGCAGCUCCCCCUGCUGGGCAAUGUGGUCUUCUUAACCCAAGGCCUCAAGUACAAUUUUGAGCUUAUCCUGUUUUGGGGCCCUGGGUCUCUGUUUCAGAACAAAUGGAACCUGCACCCCAAGUACAAACGCAGUGGAAAUCGCCUUGAACUAGCCCAGAACCUCAGCAGAGUGAUCCUUUUGAUAGGAGUAGCCAAUCUGCUGCUGUGUCCUUUCAUCUUGGUGUGGCAGGUGCUGUAUGCAUUCUUCAGUUACACUGAAGUGAUCCGCAGGGAACCUGGAAGCCUGGGCGCACGUCGGUGGUCCCUGUAUGGCCGUUUAUACCUGCGGCACUUCAAUGAGCUGAACCAUGAGUUGCAUGGACGAUUGGGUCGUGGCUACAAGCCCACUUCCAAAUACAUGAACUCCUUCACAUCACCGCUGCUGACUGUGCUCGCUAAGAACGUUGCUUUUUUCUCAGGGUCGGUGCUGGCUGUUCUCAUUGCACUGACCGUCUAUGAUGAGGACGUUCUCACAGUGCAGCACAUCCUGACCGCUAUCACUGUGCUUGGUGUGGUUAUCACCAUAACCAGGUCUUUCAUCCCAGACGAACAUAUGGUUUGGUGUCCGGAGCAGCUUCUGCAGUGCGUGCUGGCUCAUAUCCACUACAUGCCAGACCACUGGAGAGGGAACGCAAACAAGAGCGAGACCCGUGACGAGGUGGCACAGCUGUUCCAAUACAAAGCGGUGUUCAUUUUGGAGGAGCUUUUAAGCCCUAUUGUUACUCCUUUCAUCCUUAUUUUCCUCCUGAGAAACAAAUCCCUGGAAAUCAUUGACUUCUUCAGGAACUUCACUGUUGAAGUGGUCGGAGUUGGGGAUAUCUGCUCCUUUGCUCAGAUGGAUAUCAGGCGCCAUGGAAACCCAACCUGGAUGUCAGAGGGCCAGACAGAGGCGUCCGUAUAUCAGCAGGCUGAAAAUGGCAAAACGGAGUUGUCCCUCAUGCAUUUCACCAUAAAGAACCCCCAUUGGCAGCCGCCUCAGGAGAGCUCCUUGUUUAUCAGCCACUUAAAGGAGAAGGUGCAACAUGAUGCACAGGGGGGGCCUUCAACACAGCUGCUGCUCUCAGAGGCCCCUCUGUGCACCUCGCUUCAAUCCAACGAGUCUGGCACUGGGCCUGAAAAUCUUUUAGCCAGUGUUCUGGCCCACCCCAUCCUUACUGCAUCUGGAUUACAAGGACGAGACCAUCGCUUCAUCCCACCAAGCUCCGCUGCUUCGGCUGCAGCCAGUGUCCUGGCCUCUCUUUCCUCCUCCCAUCACGCACAUCCAGGUCGCAGCCGCCCCCAUGGCCUUCUGCCCUCCUCCGUCUACCCUGAGACCACCAUGUACCACAGCGAUCGCACCAUCAUCAACAGCAUGUCUCAUAGUGACUCUCACAUCCGGAGCAAUGCGCUGCACUCAGAGUUCGCCUCAGCAGAGAUGAGCCUCCAUGCCAUUUACAUGCAUGAGCUCCAUCAGCAGAGCUCCCAUCCACAGAGGACUUCAGGACAGUGGCAGACUUCAGUGCCAAUGAGAGACCUUCACAGCAACACAGCUUUCCAUUCACAUGGUUGCCAUAGUUCCAACAUUUCCAUGCCAGCCCCUGCCCACCUUGGUGGCUGGAAAGAGGAGGAGGAGGAAGAAGAUCAGGAGAUCAACAGUGGAUCGACUCCAACAAAGGCCACGCCCCACAGUUCAUGAAGUGCCUUUGUCAUAAGUGUUUACAUUUUUCUUUCGUCGCUGAACAUUGUGGCCUUAUAUGAUCUUUGUGGAAGGUUU